AUGGAGCCUCGCGUUACCAAUGAGACGGGCCCUAAGCACGACGAUAAGUAUACUUGGCCUCCACGCGCCAGCUUCGGUUUCGAGCUAGAAUUCCUGGUGGCUGUAGAUCCAAGGAAAGUUGAAGCAGAUGACAGUAUCCCUGGCCUCGCGCCAGCCACGGGCCACACUUAUGGCGAAACAGCAGUUUUGGAAUUGCUACGAGAUCACGGAUUCUGUGCAGAAACGGUGCAAGAGAAUUGCGACACGAAGAAAUAUUCAUGGCUCGUCACGACAGACGGUUCAGUGUCAGAGUCUGGAACAGCAUGGGAGAAUAAGACCUAUGCGUGGGAUGCGGUAGAGAUAGCAAGCCCACCAAUGUAUGCUUGCGAUGAGGCAUACAGGCUUGUGUCAGUAGUUGUUAGACUUUUGACUAACAACUUACGUGUUCGAGUCAAUACCUCGUGCGGUUUUCAUGUUCACGUUGGCAAUGGGCCUCAUCAGAUGGACAUGCAUGCAUCGAGAAACUACGCGGCCCUCCAGUGGGCAUCCGACCCGGUGCUAUCUACUCUCCAUUGCCCGGCGCGAAGUUUUGCUCGUUACUCCAAGUCUAUCCGACGCUUUACUGGUACUGAGUUGAGUGACAACGUGACUGCAGAUAUGGCACGGCGCGAAGUCACAGGGCAAAAUUUCAUACCUCGAUACAUUUCACGGGCGAGGAAACUCGGAGAAGAUCCCGUUGCUUCCAGGGUCACACUGAUCCGACGUCUUCGCGAAACCUGGGCGGGGGAGGACGAUGGAAGGCUUCUGGAUCCUGAUUGUGAAAGUGAUGAUUCCGACUACGAGUGCGAAGACAGCAGACAUUUCGAUCGACCAAGAAAAGCCAAAGGAGUUCGGCGAGAAGUUCGUUAUAUGCCCUACAUCAGAGACUUCAUCAAUGGGGACAAGGCUGAACGGCUAGAUGAUGAAUCUAACCGUACCCGUCGUGAUCUACCUCCACAGCUCGAUUUUCCAGCCUCCCAGUCGACCGCUUCUUGUAGGUCAUCUGAUGGCGUGCCUUUGCUGGACGAGCAACGGAAGAAACUGAAGGCUGUAUCAAAGCAAGCGGACAUCCUGUCAUGUGUUUAUGACAUGGACCUUGACAAAGGUGAUGAUGAUGCCUCAUUGAAAGCAUCAAAGGUUGCUUGGAGAGGAGUCACUGAGCUCCUGGCCUGCGACGUCGGUGUGCAUCAGAUCGCACAUCUGAUGUGUGACAAUAAAACUUUGGAGAAAUUUUACAGUUACAACUGGAAAGGUCAGUUACAAGACGAGAUACCCCCUUUAAAAACAAAAGAGACUCACGGCACUGUCGAGUCUCGGCUCGCAGGCGGUAGCCUCGAUGCCGAAUGGAUCGUCACCUGGAUCAAGAUACAGUGUCGUAUGCUCGAGUGGGCACGAGAUGCGGAGCCUUCACAGCUGAUGCGUGUCAUUGGCAACCUCUCCCGGGACGACGUUUCUCGCGAGUGUACAUACGACGUCUUGGACUUCCUUAGGGAUCUCGAGGACUCGGGAGACUCUUGGGGAGCUCCCGAUAAUGACUGGGGAGAUCAGUGGCAAGAAUUAGACGUCAAGUGUCGUUCUAUAGAAGUUGGCUGGCUCAAGUAUUAA